AUGUCGCGCUAUUUUGAGAUGUCCCCAUCCGUACGGACCCUCCAAUUCAACGCUUUCACAUUCGACGUGUUCAUGGCGGAUAUGUGGGUUACACUCGCACAUGGUGGCAGGAUAUGCAUGCCCACGGAUGAAGAACGGUUCGGUCUGAAUGAGUUCAUUCUAGUAGAGCGCUGCAAUUUCGCUUCCAUCACACCUAGCAUAGCGGCCACGAUCGAUCCAGACAUACCCAGAGAGCAUUUCCGCCGGCUGGCGACGAUCGGAGAGGCCGUGAAGCCGGAGUUCAUGAAGAGGUUUGCACCUGCUAAGGACGAAGGGAAUGACUUUGUGCUCUGCGACACUUGGGGUCCUACCGAAGCCAGCGUCAUGAACACUGGUACGCAGCCCAUAACGUUGGAAGCAGACGGUCAGACGCUUUCGCAGCGAGCUGGGGACAUCGGUCUGCCAGUCGGCUGUGCUAUGUUCAUUGUCUCUGCAAAUGAUCCGAAUAAGCUUGCCCCUGCAUACGCCCCAGGAGAAAUCGCGAUCCUAGGACUAACCUUGGCUAGCGGAUAUUGGGCCGACGAAGGGAAGACGCGAGAAGUGUUCAAGACCGAUCUCGAAUGGGCCAAGGACCCUAGGUGGAUCAAGCUUUAUGGUGAGAAUGUGAUGAGAUGGGGGGAUGAUUCUAUUGUCUUCAUGUAUAGGAAAGGUGGAUACAUGAAGGUCAAUGGUCUACGUAUCGAUCCUGGCGAGGUGGAGGCUGCGGUUGCCGAGACUGGCUGGUCGUACGACGAAGACAGGAAAGAUAAGAUGCUCUCUUGGAGCACCAACGUGGUCAGUGUGCUGGAGCAUAGUGUUGGCGAAAAGGAACAGCAGAUGCGGGUGUGCUUUGUUGCAGAGAGUGAAGCGCAAGGAAAGCCUGGAGCAGGAUGUGCAAAGCUAAAGUUGAGUGCCGAACACACCGAGCUAGUUCAACGUGUUGCGAAGGGCCUCGAGGAUUUGGUGCCAGGGUACAUGGUUCCAGGGGCGUUCGUACUGGUUGAUAGGAUACCCUACAGAACCAGCCUGAAGAUGGAUCGAAAAGCUCUCCUUGGGGUCCUGGACGGCAUGGAUUGGAACGAUAUUGUGAAGGACUAUGCUGUGGAUAUACAGGCCUGA